ACAAGGUUUUAUGAACUGCAGAUUUCAAGUGAAGAGGCUAUAGAAACUGCCAAGUUGCUUGCCGUGAAAGAAGGUUUGCUGAUGGGAAUUUCAUCUGGAGCUGCAGCAGCUGCUGCAAUAAAGGUGGGGAAGAGACCAGAAAAUGCAGGGAAGCUCAUUGUUGUGAUUUUCCCCAGUUUUGGAGAACGCUACUUAUCUUCACCACUGUUUGAAUCCAUUAGGCAAGAAGCUGAACAAAUGACAUAUGACUAAGGUGCAUCAAUAGCUGAAGUUAGUACUCAUCGAGUACUUGUUUUCAAGGACUACUAUCAGUUGUUGGUCUAAUAUAAGUCGAAUAAACACCUGGAUUGAAAACAGAAUCAAAAUAAGCCCAACAACACUUGUAUGAGGUUUCAAAAGUUGUUUUGAGAUCAUCCAUCUAUAAUGAAAUAGUCACUGUUUAACUUUUA